AUGUGGACAGCUACGUGGGCGACGCCAUUGCCGCUGGUGGUGGUUCUGGUGAUUGGGACGCUGGUGUCAACAGCAGCGGCUGACCUCGAGGCGCGCUAUGACGAGAUCAGUGGACGCCUCCUCAUCUCCUCCGACAAGUAUGGCUACAGUGAGGACAUCGCUUACGUCGAAAUCGAUGGCGAUCAGGGUCAUCCAGAGCCCUGUACUGAUAUGGUUCCCGACGAAGACUGCUUCCAACUGCGCAGUUCCCAAACCACUAUCAGGAGUUCGACCAAGGUCGCUGGGCCAUGUAUCAACAUAACUGUCUCGAGCCCUGGCCCAGGUAGUGCUAGAAUCCUAAGCUGCCAUAACCAUCAAGGCAGCUAUAUGUAUGGCGGACUCGAGCAGUACAACCAGCUGUGGCCCAUAGAGGAAAAUGUGUACAGCAAUUACCCGUAUGUCACGAAACAGCAGGACAAUGUUGGCAUCGCCGAGAGGUAUUGGCUUUUCUCUGAUGGUAGGUACUUGCACGUUUCUCCCAAUGUGCCCCUGUUCAUAGACCAGCAUACUAACGAAUCGGGUGACGCGCUGUGUCUCAUCGCUGAGAACCAGGCCCCCUACCCAGUCGAUCGGACUGACAUAGUCUUCCAGAUGCUGACGUGCGACUUCGACGACGCGAGACAAGCACACGAGGACGCUGUAGAGAGAUUCCUGGGCAAGCCGACCGGGAUACCUGACGAGCGAAUGACCACACACCCCAUAUGGUCCACCUGGGCGCGGUACAAGAGAGACAUUGACGAUUCUACAGUGAGGGAGCUGGCUAGUGAGAUACUCGCUAACGGCUUCAACAACAGUCAGAUAGAGAUAGACGACCUGUGGGAGACGUGUUACGGGAGCCUGACGUUCAACACGACCAAGUUCCCUGACGUCAGGUCGCUCGUGGACGACCUGCAUGACCUGGGGUUCCGAGUCACUCUGUGGGUCCACCCGUUCAUCAACCUGGACUGCGAGCCCUACCACUCUGAGGCGCUGGCCAACGGCUACUUCGUCACCAAUACCGACGGCAGCCCCAACAGCACCUGGUGGAACGGCGACGGCAGUGUCGUCGACUUCACAAACCCAGAAGCGGCGGCCUGGUGGGCGGGUCGGCUGUCGGCUCUUCUCGCGGAGACGGGCAUCGACUCGUACAAAUUCGACGCCGGCGAGACCAGCUGGCUGCCCCAGCUGCCCGACAUUCAGCCCAUUGACCUGAACCCCAUACAGUUCUCAGUCGACUACCUGCAGACGGUCUCGCAGUUCGGGCCCAUGAUAGAGGUGCGCACGGGCGAGCGAACGCAGAACCUGCCAGUCUACAUUCGCAUGAUCGACAAGGACACCAAGUGGACCUUCGACAACGGACUGCCCACGCUGGUGACGACGCUGCUGCAGAUGAACAUGGUGGGCUACGUUCUGGUGCUGCCAGACAUGGUGGGCGGCAACGGCUACGGCAGUGACGUCCUCACCAAGGAGCUCUUCAUUCGCUGGCUGCAGGCCAACGUCUUCAUGCCGGCCAUACAGUUCUCCUACGUGCCCUGGGACUUCGACGAAGAGACGGUGGAGAUCAGCCGGGAUCUGGCGGAGCUGCACGCCCGUUACGCGCCGCGUAUCGUCGAGCUGAUGGAGGCCGCCGUGGAGAACGGCACGCUCAUCAACCCGCCUAUCUGGUGGAUCGCCGCCAACGACACCACCGCCCAGGGCAUUAACUCAGAGUACCUGCUGGGAGAGGACAUAUUGGUGGCACCAGUGCUGGAGGAGGGCGCCGUCAGCCGCGACAUCUACCUGCCCAGUGGUAACUGGACGGACGAGGUGGACCCCGAACAUCCAGUCAUAGAGGGACCCAUCUGGCUCACCAACUACUCGGCACCACUCAAUGUCUUACCCUAUUUUACCAGGGUCACAGAAGACUAG